GACCGCAAUGCGCUGCCGCGACGGCCUCGCUCCACCGACACCUGCACUGCUGUCGACAUGGCGUGGCCGCCGCACCACCAAGCUGCCAGCCCCCAGCGGCCUCGACGACGACCGUUGGGGGCUGCGGGGGCCGUCUGCACGCCGCGGCCCCUACGCCGCGCGGGACCCUCCCUUUGCUCGGAAACGGCCAUGAUGUCUCGUGGAACGGCAUCGUGUGCUCCUCCGCUCCCGAAAUGCAACACGAGCGAACUGCUUCCUAGCACGCAUCCGCAGUCGCGCAGGGCUCCAGUGCAGCGGUCAACCCGACCCAUACUGGGACCCGACAGCGUGUUAUCGCAAGGCACAGCACUGCAAACGGGAAUACGGAUCCGUCCACGCAUACAUAUGCUGCUCGCCCCUUGACCCAGGUACCCCUCUGACGAACACACGCCUCCUGGCACCUGCUUCAGAGGUACAUGGACACACGCUGUUGCUGUCCGCCGAGCGCUCGUUCGGCUGGAGCUGUGCCGCAAGCCCUUCCGUCGUCCCGCAGUGACUUACAGCUGUCCGAGCUUCGUCGAUCCGCGAGCGAACUUGCACAGUGCUGUAUGCACGCUGGUCCAAACGCAACCGCAUAUUGGCUCUCAUCUUGAUUGACCCCGCCCCA